UUUAAUUAGUCUUCAAUGAAACAAAAGAUUGAAGAAUUGAAUCUGAAGUACAGCAUAAUCAUUAAGGAUGAAGAAAAUUAUAACACUAAAUUUACUAAAAAUUUUCAAGAUUUCUAUUAAAUUGCAAUUGCUGCUGGAGAGGAAGAUUUUUAGCUUGGAGCUCAAGCAAUAAAGAAAUUAAAAAAAUUAAUAGAUAAUAUGUAUGAAUCAUCAAAAUUUUCAAAUCAGAUCAUUGUUAAAUAAGCUUUUGAAAGGUUAUAAUAAUAUUUUAUCGUAGCAUUUAAGUAUUGAUUGCUGUACUUUUAAAAAGUACAAGAUGGCAAGAUAAUAAUGCAGGAAUUUGGAUUAUAAUUGUAUAAUUGAUCUCUAUAUUUUAUAGUGUCAUUUAGAGUCAAAAUAUAAUUUCUUAGAUAUCAAAAAGUUAAGUUAAGUUUUUAAACUUCAUCUAACAUAAUAUUUAGAAGAAUCAGAAGAAAUGUUUUAAGAAAACACAUCAAAAUUAUUAACAUUAUUAAUGAAUGAAAAUAAUACAUUUUUUCAGCCAGAUGAAUAUGAAGAAAUACAAGAAAAGCUCAUAAAUAGUAUGAAUUAAUCAUUAUAAUUAUGUGAAAAUUUUACAGAUUAUUUUCAAGCUAUAACAAAUUUAUUAAGUAUAAGAAUUACUUACUUAUAAAAGGUUAAAACAAUAAUCAAUUAAUUGGACUACAUACUUCAAAAAUAGAUUUUUAAGAAAAAUAUAUUUCAAAAAUAUAAUUAAGUCCAUUAUUAUAAAUACUGAAGGAACUUAAAGGUAAAACUAAUUAAAAUAACUUUACUGAUUUAUUAUUGAAAUGCUGCUUAGUAAAUUAAAAACAAACUUAAUUAUCUGCUUUUUAAUUAUUAUUAGAAGUUGAAGCUGCUGAUUAAAAAGAUUAUAUUGAAGUACUUCGAUAUUCUUUAUUGCACAAUAAUAUUCAAAUAAUCGAAUUAGGAACUUCUUUAGCUAAGCAUGUAAUUAAAAAUUGUGAAUGUAAUUCAUUAUAAGAAAUUAAAUUGCUUAUCUUUUUAAAUUAAACAUUAGAACCUGUAAAGGAAUGUUCAAAAGAUUUGAUCAAUAAUAGAUUUAAAUUAUUAGAUAAUAUUAUACUGAGAGAUAAUUUCAUAUUAACACUAAAUAUAUGUUCAAUUUAAGCACGAAAUUAAGAUGAUAUAUAUAGACUAUAUUCAUGGAUUAAUUUUACAAGGGCAAUAAAUACACAAAGCAGUGAAAAUAUUUCUUAAAUUAUACAAUAGAUAAUUAAGUUUUGUUAAAUUGCAUAAAAAAAUGAUAAAAAGACCUAAUUUUAUUUUUUACAUUUUAUUGAAUAAUUUCUAAAGAAAAGACAAGAUUCUGAUAGAUAAUAUGAUUGUUCGUUUGCUGAAAUUAUAUGUAACAUGAUAGGACAAUUUGAAGAUUAAAGAAUUGACAAAAAAUUUAAUGACAUAUUUAAGAUUUUUGAUUUUAGUUAUGAACAAUUGUAGUAAUUAUAGAAUUAUGUUUAACAUUCAUAAGAAGCUUAAUAAGCUUGGAAAGAAUUAAUUAAUCAGCUUCACCCGACUCGUUAAAGAGAAAACAAUUAAAAUAAAAAAUGA